GGUGGAGAGCGUUGGUACAGCAACUGUCUCCUCCACUAUCCCACAAUUCUAAUGUUUACGGCUAGUCGGUGAAAGAUGGCGGACAGCAGUGGCAGUAAUCCCCAAUCACCCGGUUUCACGGAGAAAUUAAAAUCGUGGCUGUGCUGGUCGUGGACGUACAUAUGUGCGCUUUGGUUCGCCAUGGUCUUAACGAUGGUUUACGUGCUGAGGAGCCCACUGAAGCUGCAGGAGACCGUCAACGCAGCAUCUGUGUUUUUAAACACACUUACGCCUAAAUUCUAUGUUGCGCUGACUGGAACCUCCUCGCUCAUCUCGGGCCUUAUAUUGAUAUUUGAGUGGUGGUAUUUCAGAAAGUACGGCACGUCCUUCAUAGAGCAGGUGUCUGUCAGUCACUUGCGGCCUCUACUGGGAGGAGUGGAGAACAGCAGCUCUGUGGGCCUUUUCUCCUCAGUAAAUGGCGAUACAGAGCCUAGAACCAAUGUUGCAGAAUGUAAAGUGUGGAGGAACCCACUGAAUUUAUUCAGAGGUGCCGAGUACAGCAGGUACACUUGGGUGACCGGAAAAGAGCCCCUGACAUACUACGACAUGAAUUUAUCAGCACAAGAUCAUCAGACCUUUUUCUUGGGAGACACUCAGCAACUUAAACCAGAGGACUCUGUAAUGCAAAAGGCCUGGAGGGAGAGGAACCCGCAGGCACGUAUACGAGCAGCUUACCAGGCAAUUGAGCUGAACCGCGAAUGUGCUGCAGCAUAUGUGCUCCUGGCCGAGGAGGAAGCCACAACCAUCACAGAGGCUGAGCGGCUUUUCAAACAAGCGCUUAAAAGUGCCGGUAAAGACACCAAUCUUGUGGUCUACAUCAAGCGCAGACUGGCCAUGUGUGCUAGAAAACUGGGUCGAAUCAAAGAAGCUGUAAAGAUGAUGAGAGAUGUGAGCGACGCUAUAUACCACUGUACCGCUUUAAUGAAAGAAUUCCCCUUACUGGGAAUGUUAAAUAUUCACGAGAACCUUUUAGAAGCAUUAUUAGAGUUGCAGGCCUAUGCUGAUGUACAAGCGGUCCUUGCAAAAUAUGAUGAUAUCAGCUUGCCAAAAUCAGCUACUAUAUGCUACACAUCUGCCUUACUGAAAGCCAGAGCAGUGUCAGAUAAGUUUUCACCUGAAGCAGCGUCUAGACGAGGUCUCAGCACAGCAGAGAUGAACGCAGUGGAGGCCAUACACAGAGCUGUGGAGUUCAACCCACACGUACCAAAGUAUUUAUUAGAGAUGAAGAGUCUGAUUUUGCCACCUGAGCAUAUUUUGAAGAGGGGAGACAGUGAGGCGGUGGCGUACGCGUUCUUUCACCUGCAACACUGGAAACGGGCAGAGGGGGCGCUCAACCUGCUACACUGCACCUGGGAAGGCACUUUCCGGAUUAUUCCAUACCCCCUGGAAAAGGGUCAUCUUUUCUAUCCUUAUCCAGGAUGCACAGAAACUGCAGACAGAGAGCUUCUGCCUUCAUUUCACGAGGUCUCAGUGUACCCGAAGAAGGAGCUUCCAUUCUUCAUCCUCUUCACAGCGGGCCUGUGCUCCUUCUGUGCCAUGUUGGCCAUGCUCACACACCAGUUUCCAGAGCUCAUGGGGGUCUUCGUCAAAGCCUUCUUCAGCACCCUCUUUGCACCACUGGGCUUUUUUGCAGACAAGAUGGAGAGUUUUAUGCCCUCCUGCCUGUGGCAUCACCUAGCAAACGUCUGACUUGCACACAACUCACACAUACCUGCACUUGAAAACACUACUGUACAUGUAACAUGUGUAAGGUGCUCGUUAGCCACCUCUACUGACAAUAAAAACAUUUUGGCUCUUUGA